AAUAUUGGAUACGUAUUAACCCCUUCUCCGAAAAACCAAAAAUAUACAAAAUAAAGUAAAACUAAACGGAACGAAAGAAAUAAUUGCAAUUUGCAUAUUCAUCUGUUAACAUUUUGUAUUUUCUUUGUUGUUGCUGCUGGUGUUUUUUUUUUACCAAAAAAAAAACUAAAAAUGCUUGAGUGCACAGCUGCAUAAAAGUUUAUAAAACAGCAACAAAAAAUUUUAAGAAAAAUAAUCAUAAAUAAAAGGAAAACAAAUACAACAAAAAAAACACAUGUACUCGUCGUAAUAUUGAAGAAAAACCAAGAAAAAAAACAAGAGUGCAACCGCCAAGUAAAUGGUAUCUGGUAUUGUGUUUCUGUUUUUGUUGUUUUAUUGUUAUUGCUCUCAUUAUUAUUAUUAUUGUUGUUGGUGAUGUUGUUGUUGUGUUAACCCCAAAACUCCCCUUUUCAACAGACUACUACUCCUGACAAAACAAAACACAACAAAGCAAAACUAAACUGAAAGCAACCAACAGAAAAGAACAACAGAAACAACAACAAAAAAAUGUCUCAGUUACAAUAAUAAACAACAACUUGAAAUACAAAUACAAACUGUAGUUGUUCACCACCAGGCCAACAGCAGCAGCCAGCCACAGCAGUCACUCAUUCACUCACUAGCAACUGCAGCAGAAUCAGAAGCAGUUUACCCACAAUUUAGAAACAAAAACAACAAACAUCACAAGAAUAUUUAAAUAAAGAUUAUGUAAAUAAAAUACAAUAAUAACGACAACGACAACUACAAGAACAAUACAAAACAACAAGGAAAAAUUAGAGAGAACAAAAAGAAAAACACCAAGAUAAAAAACUAAAACCAAAAUACACAACUUCAACAAAAUGUAAAAAAAGAAUGAAGUAAACAUUAGUGUUUUUGUAAUUUUUUUGUUUUUCUCGCCAUUUUAGUUACAAGUAACAAGAAAAACAGAACAACUAAAACUACAACUACAACAAUAACAAUAAACAAAUAUUAAUUCUACAGAAUCCAGCAGUGUGCAGUUAAAGAAGACUCCACUUUAAGGAACCUGGGAUCCAACAAACAAACCAACAUACAACAACAAUACAUUCCUGGAAUUAAAGUAUUUAUAUUGUUUUAUUUAAAUACAUUUAAGCCAAAAUUAACAAUAAAAGCAGACAAAAAGACAAAGUCGAGUUAAAAGACAUCUAUUGUGCCAACAUUUUUAACCAAACUCUGCUACCGUUUUAAUCGUCAACAUGGAGAAACCUUUACAGCAACAGCCAGUUGGUAAAGUUUCGCAAAUAGCGAAUCUUUUCCAACGCAAACCCAUUGAAAUACAACCUGUUGAACAAUUAAGUGCUGCUGCAGCAGCAGCCGCAGCAGCUGCUGCCGCCGCCGCGGCUGCUAAUGCCGCAGCUGGUACACCCGUUACCGUUGUACGCACAGAAUCCCAUUCGGCUCGUUUCAAUAACGCCCGAGCUCUUUUCGAAAAACUCGGCGUCGAGAGCAAUUCAAAUUUAAGUGUUAAGCGUUCCGGUUCGCGUGAAGAUAAUUUGUGUGAUUUACAAAAUCAUUCGGAUCGUUCGUCGUCACGUUCGUCAGAUCGUUCCGUUUCACCGCCCAAAAGACGUUCCCCAUUUCCGUCCGGCUGCCAAGUGGCCGCCUCGAUGGCCAACAAUAAUUGCAAUCAAUUGAAUGGUGGACCCAAUUUGGCCAACUCCAAGUUCAUAAUGGAGCCUAGUCCCAAAUUCCAACACAAUAUAUCACGCUUGAAAUCGGAAGAAAGCAUAACGGCUGCUUCAGCCACUGGAGGUGUGAGCGCCCUAUUGGCGGCCGACAAACCGGAGAAACCCGAACGUAAGUUUAACUCACGCGAAUUAAUUGAAAAACAGAAAAAGUGGACCUCGCACUUUACCAAAACCAAGACAACACGUUCUCACAGUGAUCUUAAUCGUUGCGAUAUAAUACGCACCGGUCCGGGCACCAUUUUAAUACCCAGCUCCGUUAUACAAAAAAUAGAAUCAGUCACAACCUCACCCUUGAGCAAUCACAAGAUCAUCAGCCAAAUGGAAACGCGUUCACCCAUUUUAGCCAGUCUGGCCCACGAACAGGACAAACCACCCAGUCCGCCCGUUAGACACUCCGUACAACCGCCCGAAAUAAAACCGCGCAGCUCUAAUAAAAUCGGUAGUCCAGUUAAAUCGCCACCACUGCCACCCAUACCAGCGGUUAAGCCGAAAAAUAUCAGUCCCAUUAAACUAAAUCCGGAGCGUGUACGUUCGCCCACAAAAAUCUCUGAACCACCACCACCUCCACCAGCCAAAUCGGCUGCCGCUGCGGCUGCCCAACAACGUUCCAUUGACGAACAGAAUGGCUUAGCACCGCCACCGAUACCACCCGAAAAACCACGUAAAAAAUCUAUAGAUUUAGUGGAGACUGAUUCGGAGCGCCAAACACCCGUUUCGCCAUCAAAACAACCACCCUAUGCUUAUGCUGCCAAACGCGCCUCCAUCGACAGUCUGGGCAAUAGUAUUUCCACAGCCAGUGGCAAUGGUCUAUUGAGUGGUAGCAGCAAUUCGGCUGCCUCGCCGGCGGCCAGUGCUUCGUCGGGUCCCUCGUCGCCGGUGCAUACCGAAGAUGAGAAACAGGAAAACGAAUCAACGGAAAAGGCGGAAAUGCAACAACAGUAUUAUAACAGUAUGCCACGUAGACGGAAGAGCGAAAAUGAAGGACGCUCUAACAAAUCGGAACGCCAUACACAGGAUAUCACCGAUAAUGCCAGUGUACAAAAUCAUAUCACAUCGCCACAACGUAACUCCAAACGUGUCUCAAGCAUUUCCGUAAAUAUGCCAGCCGCCGGUUUAGGCUCCCGGCCGCCCAGCAUUAUCUCAUCAUCGAACAGCAAUGACGAGGGUGGCUUCAAUGAACCCUCACCCGAAAUCAAGGCCAAACUAAGGCCUGCCUAUGACUUUGAAAGUCCCAAACAUCAAACAUCGAGACUGCUGCAACAGAGUCCCACCAAAACACACAAACUCUUAAAUGAGCUGUCGGCCAACGAAGAAGAUGCCGAAGACGAAGCCGAUGAAGAGACCGAUGAAACGCCUAGUCUAAAUUAUGUGGAUGUAGGCUAUCGCCUCAAUCCGGAUGGCAGUGAGGCCCGUGAGGUAUUUGGCGAAUCGGAAUUGUAUGAUACGGCCGCCAAAGUCACCGACAUGCAUAAGAAAUUCCAUGCCAAUGGUUUUGCCCAAGAGACUACCACAGUUUAUGCCAUUAUAAAGCCAGAUUUACUACCAAAUGCCCCCGCAGAUUUGUAUUAUGCGGCCAAGCCUCAACAGGACAAGGUUACAUCACCCACAAAAUCCAACUCGGGACCAAAUUCCCUUGUCAGUUCACCCAUCAAAACUGCCAGUUCUCCGCCGGUGGGUGUAGUUUCUCCCAUACGACGACGCAACUCGGAAAUCAGUGUUAAAUCCACACCACCCAUGUCGCCAGCCUCAGCGGCCAGCAAUGCAAAUUCCUCUUCCAACUCACGUUCCAUAGCUUCGAUUGCCAAAGGCGUGGCACCCAUAGCCUCCUUAGAUGCAAAUGAAGAUUUUGGCUCUUCCGAUAUACCAGCAUUACCGGAACGACCACCGCCUACGGCAGUUCAUAUAAAUAAUGUAGAUGCUUUGGAUAUGCAGGACUUGGAGUAUGCCGAUACAAGUGCUGGCGAAGACGAAGAUGAUUUAAUGCGUACCAUUGAGGGAGAUGUUGAUUUGGUCGACGAUUUAUAUAAUAUCGAUGAUAAAAUCAUGCAAGUAUCGGAACCAGUUGCAGCGCCAACUGAGGUUAUCGGCAGAGAAGAUAGCCUACCCGAUGCUAUGACAGCCGACGAAGCUGAGAGAUUGUUGAGCUCAAGAAUUUUGGAAAGCAAAAUAAGACAACAAUCACUUUUAUCUGACGAACAAGCCAAAGAAGUUGAACAAAUACUAUCAGCUGCACCAACAGUUGGUGUUGCCGUAGCUGCGGUUGUAGCCACAGCCAAAUCACCCACUAGCAUUAAGAAUCUCAUAGAGGAAGUAACGCCACAAACACCAUCACCACCAGCAGAAAGUCACAAACAACAACAGGAGCAACAACAACAAGAAGAAUCAGAACACGAAAAGAAGGAAAUACAACCGGAAUCGGAAAAAGACACAAAUAAUUUCGAGGAACUCAUAUACAAUGGUAAACAAGAAAAUAUUUCAAUAAACCAAAAGCAUCAACAGCAACAAGAAGUGCAGCAGCAGCAGCAGCAUAAUUUCAACAUCAACAACAAUCCUAUAAUAAAUGUCCAUACAACUUCAGUCUCAUCACUAAAUGAUAAUGAUGUUGACGAUAACGAGGAUGAUGAGGACGAUAUCGAAGAUGUAGAUAUUGUUGGUUUUGGCGCCACUUCUGUGUGUAUUAAUUCAACAUUUACUAGCACAUCCUCUGCGGCAUUAGUUGAGGAGAAACAGGAAGCACAUACCACAACUACAACUGUAACACAAACAACUACAGUUCCCGUUGAAGCAGUAGUAACAACAAAACCCGAUGACGAUGAACCAGAAUGGUUGCGUGAUGUUUUAGAGGCUCCCAAACGUAGUUUAGAAAAUUUAUUAAUUUCAUCAACAUCAUCACAUCAACAGUACUCGUCGAACAAUAGAAGUCGUACAGAUUAUAGGGAUAAACAUUCCGUUGAAUCCAUAUCCUCUACAUCAUCCUCAUCUUCGUCCUCCAUACUUGCCAACGAUGUGGUGGUUGUAACCACUGCCUCAAAAGUUGAGACCACCUAUGAUGAAGCCAAUGAUAGCACUACAAUUUAUAUAACAUCUCAAAGUGAACCACAGCAACAACACCAGCAUUAUUCCCCCGAUAGAUAUGAUCGGCAGCAGGAAACCUCAUCGCCCACAUCGUUUUUGAAUCGUUCAUUCAUACAAGAUUCCACUGUUAAUAGCACAUUACAUAAUAACACAACUGCUGCAUCAACAGCAACAACAGCUGAAUCAUUGCAUGAAUCAAUCGUUUCGGUUGAAUCAACCCAAUCGGAUGCCACAUUUAAUCAGACGACAACAAUUGAUGAUAGUAUUAUAUCGAGCAAACACAAUUCCACAUACUCAUUGGCUGACAAUGACCAGCAUUCGUCGUUGAAUACCACAACCGAAUUAGAUGAUUCGCAAUUUUAUAUACCCGAAUAUCCACCGGUACGAAGUAAAGAAGUCUAUGUCGAAUCGGGUGUACAUUACUUUGAAGAUGGCAAUUUUUGGAUGGAAGUACCCGGUCUCCUAGACUUCGAUGACGAUGAACUCUCCUAUCCACCAAUUCCAGUCAAGAAAAAUCCAAAAGUUCGCUUCAGCUCGGGACCAAUACAAGUCUUUUCCACAUUCUCUGUCAACGACUAUGAUCGCCGCAAUGAAGAUGUCGACCCCGUGGCCGCAUCAGCGGAAUACGAACUGGAGAAACGUGUCGAGAAAAUGCACGUUUUUCCCGUUGAACUUAUGAAGGGGCCGGAGGGUUUAGGUCUCAGCAUUAUUGGCAUGGGCGUAGGAGCCGAUGCAGGUCUUGAGAAAUUGGGCAUAUUCGUUAAGACGAUAACAGAUAACGGUGCAGCAGCACGCGACGGUCGCAUACAGGUCAAUGAUCAAAUCAUCGAAGUGGAUGGCAAAAGUUUAGUGGGCGUGACGCAAGCAUACGCAGCAUCUGUACUGCGCAAUACAUCUGGUCUAGUCAAAUUUCAAAUAGGACGUGAAAGAGAUCCGGAAAAUAGUGAGGUGGCACAGUUGAUACGCUUAAGUUUACAGGCGGACAAGGAAAAGGAAGAAAGGCUAAAAAGACAACAAGAGGAGUAUCUCAGGCGUACUUUAGAUUACUCUGAAGAUUCUACCCAACCCGUUUCGGCUAAUUCCAGUGUUUGCGAGGGACCUACCAGUCCCGUACAAGUCGAACAUCCCAUGGAAGUCGAGGCUACACACUCACAAGAGGUAGAGUCUCUUAAGAGGCUGCUACAAGAGAGCGAAAUGAGUUGCCUUUUAAAAGACGACUUAAUAGAAACCCUUAAACGAAAGCUCGUCAAACUUGAAACAACCGGCAAUGAAAAUGAACUACUCAGCGAACGUUUGCGUCAAAGCGAACGCGAACUGGUCAAUAUCAAAAAAGAGGCUGCUAACCUACAAAACAUGCUACAACAAUCCCAGGGCCAAUACAUGGCCCUCGAUAAGAAAUACAACAAAGCCAAACGUUUGGUGCGCGAGUAUCAACAACGUGAAGUUGACAUGUGCCAUCGUGAGGAAUUCUAUCAACAGCUGUUGCAAGAGAAAGAUACCGAAUACAAUGCUUUGGUGAAAAAACUUAAAGAUCGUGUCAUUAACUUGGAACAUGAGCUGCAGGAGACGCAACGUAAGGCUGGCUUUCCUGUAGGCUUACCCUACGACAGUGCCACACUUAAGUUAACACCGCAAAUGAUGCGUAAGGCACCACCCAAACCGUUAUUCCAAAAGUUAGAAACUGAAUUAUCCGAUACGGAAAUAUCAGAUUUGUCACCGGAUGGUGAGGGUGUUAAGACAGCUACGGUGGAGCGUAAGAAUCCAGUUAAAGAUGAAUUGGAUGCUGCGGUGCCACAACAUGAGUUAUUGGAUAAUUCGGCUAAUAAAACGAAAAUUGAUUUGGCUUCCCGUGGUGGUCUAGCAAAUCGUCAAUUGCCAUCUGUUAAUAAUUCCAACACUAGCUCGAGUGCCUCGAAUGCCACUACAGCGGUCACCAUAGCAGCAGCCAACAGCACUAACAAUUUAUCUAAACGCACUUUAAGCAACAGCAGCUCUGAUUGUGCUCUCGAUGAUAGUGAUGAUGAGACUGCUGCUGGCUUAAUGCUCAAUAGUCAUCAUAACAAUCAUCAUAAUUCCACGUCAACACAAGAACUUAAUCUUUUCAAUGGUUUGCAUCAGCUCCAACAACAACAACAGCAACACCAACAUCUACAACAACAACAACACAACAAUAUCAUUAGUAACGGCCAUCACAAUAGUAACAAUAUUAGUAACAGUAAUAACAACAGUAACAGUAAUAACAAUAAUAAUUGUAGUAGUAACGGUGGCGGUGGUAGUGUUGGAGUAGGAGUAGUCGGUGGUGUUGUUAGUGGUAUUAGCAAUAAUACUACUACCAGUAGUACUAGUGGUAUUAUUGCUGGUACAACAACCGCCAUUUUACUUAAUUCCACAACAUCAUCAUCAACAACAUCAUCAUCAGUUAAUUCUAGAGAACAACAAAUUAAUCAAUUGUAUGCUCAAGUUCAUAAGGAUCAUAAUAAGAGUUCGUCAUCUGCAUCUGCAUCUGCUUCACACACCGGCUUGCCGGCAUUAUUUAAAAAUACUCUGGGCUCACCCGGUGUUGAAACGUCUAGUCCUAAUGAUUUUCAUCGUGGUGGCAUGACCACAUUCGGUACUAGCAGCCGUGAUCUCAAUAGUUCAUAUGAUUCCAUUUUAGGAUCGAACGAUAAACUAUCGGAAAACGAACAAUCAUCAGAGAAUUGGAUGUAUCCGAGUCGACGACGUGUCGGUCCAACGGGAGCAAUCAUAAGUGGCAAAUUGCCACCCACAUCAUUUACGGAACAAUUAAAUCAAGCAUUAACGGAGAGAGAAAGACGUCUGGGUGAUGGCUCAUCACGACAUUCCAGCGAUGAUUAUACCGAAAUAAAUAAAUCACAAUCAGUGGCAGCUAUAAACUGUAAAACUUUAAUUAAUGAAAUACGACAAGCUGUAAAUGAGGCUCAACCAAAAGUUAAACAAGUUAUUCCUCAAUCUUUAUCUCCGCCUGGUACAGUACCAUGGCAACAGCAAACUUCGACUCAUAGCAAUGGUCCUCCCUCGCCAACGAGCAUGUCUUCGGGCUGCUCUUCGCCCGGCUACUCACCUAGCAGAGGUUUAGAUUUGUCCGGCUCUAGUUCGAGUUUUUCGGAACGCAAGGCAGCAGCUUACAACUAUAAAGGAGGGCCAGUACAUGAAUGGACCAAGGAACAGGUGGGUCAUUGGCUUUUGGGCAUUGAAAUGGAACGUUAUAUACCCGUUUUCAAAGAACACAAUGUCGAAGGUGGCGCUUUGUUGUCGUUAGAUUCGAAAGAUCUUAAAACACUGGGCGUUACCGGCGACGAUAAGCAUCGUUUAAAACGGCGACUCAAAGAUCUCAAGGCCAGCAUUGAAAAGGAGCGUAAAGAUCAGGAACGUGAACGUAGAGAACGUGAAAAGGCCAUACGCAAGGCGGAGAAAAAAGCGGCCAAAAAGAAAUAAAAUUAAUUAAUUAAAUAAUAAUUAUAAUUAUAACCAACAACAAAAAUAUUUUAAUUAUUUUAAAUUAAAUUUAAACUAAAUUAAAUUAGUUUUUAGAAUUCCUAAUAUUUAAGCUCUACCAAAUAUAAAUUUAAACACACAAAAACCAACAACAACAACAAAAAAACUUAGCGAAAAAAUGAAAAGAAAUAAUUAAAGUAAAAAACUACCCUGUCCACAAAAAACCAACAGCAAAGGAAAAUUUAAAACAAACAAAUAAUUAUUUAUGUAUUAAUUUAUAAAAAUAACAACAACAAAAAAUACCACAAACAUAGCAUUAGUAGUAAUUUUAACAUUAAAAUAAAUUAAAAAAACAAAAACAAAAUAGUCUAAUAAUAAGUUACUUAAAAAACCGAUUUUCAAAAACUCAAAUUAUUGUCAUUUACUUACUUACCUUUUUCAUUAUAAGUAUAUAUUUUUUCCCCAUGUUUUUAAGCUCUUUUGUAUAAAACUUUUAGUUGUCUUUAUAGUUUCUUUUUAGUUUAAUUCAAACAAAAAUUGUUACAAUUUUGUCUCAUUAUUAUUUUUAUUAUAAUUUUAAGUGUUAUUUUUUAAAAUACAUCAUACUUUUUUGAAUUUAUUGGUAUAUUUGUUUUGUUUUUUUAUUUUUCUUAACAUUAUUUUAUUAAUUUGUUUAAUAUUUUUUUUUUAAAUCAUAAAACUGACUGAUUUUGAAUUAGUUGUUGUAUAGAGAAUAAAAAAAAGAAACCCAAAUUAACAAGUAAAAUAAACAAAUAUAUUUAAAAAAAAUAUAUA